GGCGUGUCUGGAGAGAUUCUGAGGUCUCUUGGGUCAGGGGUUCCCCACCUGGACCACGCACAGGAAUCAUUUGGGGAACUUUUAGAAAAACACUGAUGCUUGAGUCCCGCUCCUAGCAACUCUGAUGAACUUGGUCCAGGGUACAGGCUGAGGGGUGGAAUUGGGCCUGGGGCCAAGAAGGGGCCAAGAAUGGGGGUAUUUCUGACCCUCUCUCCAUUUACCCUCCUCUUCCUCCCAUGGAUUCCUUUUCGGAAGCCUCCUUUGCCUACACACCGGCAGGUAAGCUAUCUCCUCUCCAGUAGGGUUCAGACCCCGAGGACGGGUCCUUCUCUCAGUCUCCCCCUCGUAUUCGCAGUGUCCUUCCCACACUCAGAGGGCCUCUCUGGAGCCAGUUCCAGGCCACCCAUGGGCCUCGGCCCCGCCCCCUACCCUUGGCUGGCCGACUCGUGGCCCCACCCAUCUCGAAGCCCCUCAGCCCCGGAGCCCAGGGGGAGCUGCUGCCCCAGCAAUCCUGACCCAGACGACAGAUAUUACAAUGAAGCAGGGAUCUCCCUGUACCUGGCUCAGACGGCCCGAGGCACUGCCGCCCCUACAGAGGGUCCUGUCUACAGCACCAUUGACCCAGCUGGGGAGGAGCUGCAGACCUUCCACGGGGGGUUCCCCCCAAAUCCCUCGGGGGACCCAGGCGCCUGGAGCCAAUAUGCUCCUCCAGAAUGGAGCCAGGGGGACAGUGGAGCCAGGGGAGGCAAAGUAAAGCUUCUGGGAAAAGCUGUGCAGAUGCCCUCUCUCAACUGGCCGGAAGCCCUGCCACCACCUCCCCCUUCCUGUGAACUGAGCUGCCUAGAGGGGCCUGAGGAAGAUCUGGAAGGCAGCUCAGAGCCAGAAGAGUGGUGCCCACCAAUGUCUGAGAGGAGCCAUCUGACAGAGCCCAGCUCCACUGGAGGGUGCUUGGUCCCUCCAUCCCAAGGGGAAGCCCCCUCUCCCACAUCUUCCUAUGGACAGCAGUCCACAGCUACUCUUACCCCCUCACCUCCUGACCCUCCCCAGCCCCCCACUGACAUCCCCCAUCUCCACCAGAUGCCCAGGAGGGUGCCCCUGGGGCCAAGUUCCCCUCUCAGUGUAUCCCAGCCCACUCUGAGUAGCCAUGAAGGGAGGCCUGCUGGCCUGGGUGCUGGCCCCACAGCCUCCCAUCACCUCAACCCCAGUCCUGUCCCUAGUACAGCCAGCAGUGCCCCAGGGAGAACCCGGCAGGUGCCUGGGGAGAUGACCCCUCCGCUUCAAGGGCCCCGGGCCCGAAUCCGGAAGCCCAAGGCUGUUCCCUACCGGCGGGAGCACAGUCCUGGCGGUCUCUCCCCAGAUUUGCCCCCACCACCCUUGCCGCCACCAGAGGAAGAGACGAGCUGGGCCUUAGGGCUGAGAGCAGCAGGCAGCAUGUCCUCCCUGGAACGAGAGCGGGAGCGCAGUGGGGAGAGAAUGGUGCAGGCUGGGCUCCUGGGGGCCCAGCGGGGUCCCCACCUGGAUGAAGAGGCCUGGCUCCCUUACAGCCGACCGAGCUUCCUGUCCCGGGGCCAGGGGCCCAACACCUGUUCCACAGCCGGCAGCAACUCUUCGAGAGGCUCUGGCAGCUCUCGAGGCUCCCGGGGACCUGGACGGAGCCGGAGCCGGAGCCGGAGCCAGAGCCAGAGGCCAGGACAGAAAUGUGGAGAGGUGCGGGCUAGGGAACCAAGAUGACCCUGGAUAAGGAUACCUGGAAUUCCACGGGGAAGGGCUUGGCCAAGAACCUUGGAUGGGAGCCCCUCCCCCUGGCAAAUGGGGGUGAGCAGAGAGGAGCAGGGGGGAGGGUCUCUUCCCUCCUGCAAUGAUGCUUAGAAGCCAGAGAGCCAGCUCUUCCCUUUCCAUCUCUUUCUACCUGAACCAUAUUUGUAAAAGAGACAAUAAAAGGAGUCUGAUGAGAGCCCUG